AACAACAACAAAACACAAAAUUCUUUUCUUCUUGGGAAAAUAAAUAUGGAGACAAAGCUUACAAGAACCAACAAAAUAUUGUUCCUUUCUUUUCUUUUCCUCACAAAUGCAUUCAUUGCAACAUGUCAUGAAGUUGAUGAUGAAAGUGAGUUUAGUUAUGAUAGAGAGAGUGAAAAUGGACCAACACAUUGGGGUGAAAUUCAUCCAGAAUGGAAAAUGUGUAACUCUGGAAAAUUGCAAUCUCCAAUUGAUCUUUUAAAUGAGAGAGUUGAAGUUGUUUCUCAUUUGGGAAGACUUCAUAGAAGCUACAAAACAUCAUCCUAUGCUACUCUCUUGAAUAGAGGACAUGAUAUGAUGUUAAGAUGGGAAGGUGGAGCUGGACAUAUUAAAAUAAAUGGAACUAAAUAUCAACUCAAUCAAGCUCAUUGGCAUUCACCUUCUGAACAUACCAUCAAUGGAAGAAGAUUUGAUUUGGAGGUUCAUUUGGUACAUGAAAGUGAAGAUGGAAAGACUGCAGUUGUUGGAAUAAUGUACAAAAUUGGAAGAGCUGAUCCCUUCUUGUCUAUGAUUGAGAGUGAUUUGAAAGCUCUAGCACAUACAAAAAAUGUGGAGAGAAAUAUAGGAGUAAUUGAUCCAAAAAAGGUGAAAUUGGGUAGCAGAAAAUAUUAUAGAUAUAUUGGCUCUUUGACUGUUCCUCCUUGCACUCAAGAUGUUGUAUGGACUAUUGUAAGAAAGGUGAGGACUGUUACAAAAGAACAAAUGAAGUUAAUUCGCGAAGCAGUUCAUGAUGAAUCUGAGACAAAUUCAAGACCAGUCCAAGCAACAAACAAACGAACAAUUCAACUCUAUAGACCAAAUGAUCCUAAAGAAUAAUUGAUUAUUCUACAAUAUAAUCUCAAAAAUAAAAAAUAU